AUGGCCUGCAUUGAAGAUUACGCCCCCCGUUGCGAGAAUUCGCCUACUAGUGCGCAGCCACAGAACCUGUCUGGCCUUUGGUACCAAAUGCUCUCGAAAUUUCUUCCCUGGGGUGAUGUGGAAACGUCUUCCCAAAUUCCUCAUCCUACAAUUAUUUCUCCAUCAGAGCCGGAUGGUCUACAAGGUCGAGGCGCAUUUGAUUACAUGAAGGGACUCGAGGAUCAUUGGAUUACACCAUCGCUAUCCACCCAUCUAUGGAUUCUGAGCAAUGUACUGGUUCGGGGAGAUCAACUGAAUCAUGAUCGCCAUAUAUCCCCCUCUGAACUCUCCAAAUGUCUGACAAGAUACAUCGCCGCUAUGUCCUUCAAACAGAUAGCGCGUAGGUUCAACAAUACAGACCUCUCAAGGUGUUAUAUCGAAUGUCUAAAGCAAGUGAAGGAGAUUCCCAUCAUGUCUCAGCCCAGGAAAGACCAAUCAGUUCAUUAUCACCGUUACCAGAUUGAGAUCAACAGUGAUCGACUUUUUCUCAAGGACUUUGUAAUGCUUUCCAACAAAGAUUAUGACUUAAUUCGGACUCAUAUUCCAAACAUACUCAAACUGGCUAACAAUCUGCCUUCAAAAGACAAGGACUUUGAGCUUUACACUGAUGAAACAUCCACAGAGUUUCAUAAUCUAUUGCUUGAGAUUCUCGAUCACUUCAAGAGCACAUUGGAUACCUUGAUGGCCUUUGAUAAAGAUGAGGCGGCCAGGGAUUCUGGUCGCCAUGACAUUUUCAACAAGAAUGUGCACAAUGUCCACGUAUAUGGAUAUGCGCUUUUGAGGUUAUGCAUGGGCCAGUACUUUACACUCCCACUGCUUGUCCAACGGACUCCGACGGACUUUCAUCGGACCCUGCCAUUUCCGAUGGACUCAGUGGACAGUCCGUCGGAAGACCGUCGGAGUCCGUUGGACAUGACUGGAUUCCGCUGCAAGUCCAGGCAAAGUCCAGUGAAAGUCCACUCAAACUACUUAGAAGCAAGAAAUGGUUGGACUGGCCGGAAUUCUGUGUCCGUUGGACGUCCGCUGGACUUCCGUCGGAUUUCCAACAGACAGAGGCAGAAACCAUCAUAA